GGUUCUUGCCGUCAGUCACCUCGGAAAGCGGAGAGGCCCAAACCGGCCAUCAGUCCUGUCAUUGGCACGUAUAUAACCCAACAGCGUCACAGGAUGGCGCCGUAACUAUCAAGAUACUAAUUACUCUCCUGGCAUGACCUUCAAGGACAUCUUUUCUCCACCAACAAUCAUGGUCCAAGUCUGCACACGCGCAUUCACCGACUUCUGUCAUAAUCAUCUUGGUAUACAGAUACAUCACGCCCACAAAACUCAUGUGCUGGAGACGGAACGCGUUGAGAGCUCGUCUGGACCGGCGCGUACACACGCAUGUUUAGCAGAUUCGAAGCCAACAAUUGUUGGUCCCAGGGUGGAACACAAGGACGAGUUCACCUGCAAAGGGGGAGUCGAUGCUGGAAGACUUGUGAAUCUAGCUCGCAAGAGCUUGUAUUCGACAGCGAAGGAGAUGGGAGGCAACGUUCUCCUUGAAGAAAGGUCAGUACAUACUCUAUCUUCCUCCCAUUCGCUACUAACCAACGUCAUCAGAUGGGACUGCGAGAUUCGGCAUCCUAGAUCCCAGCGCCGCGACCAAUUCAAGGUCACAGUGAGUGUCCCGUUCCGUGUCAAUUAGUAGCAUGAUCGAUCCCUCCCAUAGAUUCAUUAUUCGGCCACAGUGGCUCGAUCAUGCUGGCCUGAUGCACAGAGACCUGUUGAAAUUGAAGCAGCCAAAGGUAUCAAGGGAUUAAUGACCGUUAUAGAACGUCAACCGGAAUUUUGAAAGAAA